AUGGCUAAGUUUACAAUCCCUUGUUUCGUCCUCAUUUUGGUGCUCUUGUCAACCACCAAUGUUUGGAAGAUAGCAACUGUUGAAGGUUCCAAGUGUUGUACUGAUCAUCCUGAACUUGGAAAGUGUGUCCCUGGUGCGGAUGACAACCCAAACAGUGGGAAAUGCUGGAAAUUUUGCACUUCAGAUUGUGAGAAAGGAGGCAUCUGCAAGCUAUUUGGCGACCGUCAUCAUUGUCAUUGCUUAUGUUGA